AUGGAAUUUCCUAAGACUCCUUUGACCAAUAGGCGGAUAGAGGACAGAUGUGGGAAAGAGGAUGAUGCAGGGAUUCAAGGGCGUUUGGGAAAGGUAGUAGGAGGCAGUCUCAAUUACAUCGACCCUCCAGGACCAGAACUUCUUGUUUCAGAGGGUGAAUCCAUCAAAUUUGAUCAACCAUUAACGAGUAAUCCCAAUGUGGGUGGAUUUGGUCAGGGAGAUGCAGAAAUAGUUCGUAAAAAGAAUCAAAUUCUUGUUGACAAUGGCGAAGGAUGUGUUCAGUGGUCUCUGGCUCCUGGUUACAGCCCUCGAAGAUCUUUUGAUCCACAAUCCUACCUCUACGCAGGUCGUUCUUGGUGGGGAGCCUAUCUUGGAGGGGGAGCCAUAGGAAGUCUUUGA